GCGGAGUCUCCAGGCCGGCCGGCAACAUGGCGGAGGCGGAAGGGGAAAGCCUGGAGUCCUGGCUGAAUAAAGCCACCAACCCUCUGAAUAGACAAGAAGACUGGGAAUACAUUAUUGGCUUCUGCGAUCAGAUCAACAAAGAACUUGAAGGUCCACAGAUAGCCGUGAGAUUACUGGCUCAUAAAAUCCAGUCACCACAGGAAUGGGAGGCAAUCCAAGCUUUGACAGUGCUGGAAGCUUGUAUGAAGAACUGUGGGCGAAGAUUUCAUAACGAAGUAGGGAAGUUCCGUUUUUUAAACGAAUUAAUUAAAGUUGUUUCUCCAAAGUACCUAGGUGACAGAGUGUCAGAGAAGGUCAAAACCAAAAUAAUUGAGUUGCUGUACAGCUGGACGGUAGCCCUGCCAGAAGAGUCAAAAAUCAAAGAUGCUUACUACAUGUUGAAGAGACAAGGCAUUGUUCUGUCAGACCCUGUAAUUCCUAUGGAGAGAACUCUCAUCCCUUCUCCUCCACCUCGCCCCAAAAAUCCUGUGUUUGAUGAUGAGGAGAAAUCCAAGCUUUUAGCAAAACUGUUAAAAAGUAAGAAUCCGGAUGACUUACAAGAGGCAAACAAGCUUAUUAAGACUAUGGUGAAAGAGGAUGAGGCACGAAUACAGAAAGUGACAAAGCGCAUGCACGUCUUGGAGGAAGUGAACAACAAUGUGAAGCUGUUAAAUGAGAUGUUGGUUCACUAUAACAAAGAGGACUCUUCAGAGGCUGAUAAGGAGCUCAUGAAGGAGCUCUUUGACAGAUGCGAAACGAAGAGGCGGACGUUAUUCAAACUGGCCAGUGAGACCGAGGAUAACGACAGUAGUUUAGGAGAUAUAUUGCAAGCCAGUGACAAUUUAUCACGGGUGAUAAAUUCCUACAAAAGAAUUAUUGAGGGGCAAGUCAUCAAUGGUGAAGUAGAUACUUCUGUGUUGCCCACGACAGAUGGAAGUGAAUCUGCCAAUAACAUCAACACGCUCAUUGACCUGGCAGGACCGGACAUUUCUAGUAAUCCGCCACCCCCACCACCACCGAUGCCUCCAGUGACACUGACGCCAGCACCACCAAUGCUAACUCCCGCACCAGUCUCCUCAGAAAUCCCCAUCCUUCCGCCUCCGCCUCAGAUGGCUGGUCCCUCUCGGAGUCAUUCCUCCAGCCAGGCUGAGGCCACUGCUCAGUUGGCCAGUAUGGGCAACUCCCUCUCGUUGCUGGAUGAGGAACUUCUCUGCUUAGGCUUGAAUGACCCAGCUCCCACUGCAGCCAAGGAACUAGCUGAGAGCAAUCAGUGGAACAUGUUCCAGAAUGAACCGAUAGACUUGAACUUCUUGAAUCCAAAGCCAGUUUCGGUUGCCUGCAACUCUGCGGUGAACCCUCUUCUUCCUGCUGUGUGUGGAACGUCAGCGCCUAAGGCUUCCACAUUCACGGCCCCUCAGCCUAUUCCCAAUAUCCCCGUCCCUACAUCAGCCCCUUUUAUAUUCUCUUUGGGACCGCCGCUGGGCCCUCCUAGUGCCAUGCCAGUCGCCCCUGGGUAUCUUGGCUCUGCAGUGGGAAGCAAUGGUCUGCACAAGAUGGAUCCAUUGGGACAUCUCCUGGAUGAGACUAAAGGGAUUUCAUCCCAAGUAAACACAGCAACUUCCCUGUUCCAUGUAGAAGCUGCAUUACCCGCUGCGACUUCUUCACCUCUGACGUCUUCUACCGGAUUGCCACUCACUACUGCAGGAGUUCCUACAGUUCCUUAUCCAAGCAGCUGCCCUGCCGGGUCAGGAAGCCCCCUCUUCCAGCCAGCCUUAUUCCAGCAAGGAAGCCCUCUGAAAGGACCCGAGAUCUCUUUGGCCAACGUCCACGUCCCACUGGAGUCCAUUAAACCGAGCAGUGCUCUUCCUGUGACUGCUUAUGACAAAAACGGCUUGCGUAUCCUUCUGCACUUUGCCAAGGAGUGUCCGCACGGUCGGCCUGAUGUGCUGGUAGUGGUGGUGUCCAUGUUAAACACAGCACCCCUUCCUAUCAAAAACAUUGUGCUACAAGCUGCAGUGCCAAAGUCCAUGAAGGUGAAGUUGCAGCCGCCUUCGGGGACAGAGCUAGCUCCAUUCAAUCCCAUCCAGGCACCUGCUGCCGUUACCCAGGUCAUGUUGCUUGCAAAUCCUAGAAAGGAGAAGGUGAGGCUGAGAUACCGACUGACCUUUGCUUUGGGAGACCAGCCCAGCACAGAAGUGGGGGAGGUAGAUCAAUUCCCCCCAGUUGAGCAAUGGGGGAACCUAUGACCUAAAGUCAUCCCACAGGGACUGGAAUGAAGGUGAAACGGAAGGGGUAUACGAGGUACCCAGUGGUGAUAGUUAACUUUGUUCACAUAUCCUACCCACUCUGCCUGUAGCUUUAGUCCAGAAUGUCUCCUGCACUCUGGGGUGAAGUGGUCUUGGGACAUUAAUGCCAAGCAUGAACUUGUGUAGGCAACGAGGAACCGAGGCCUGGCAGGCAUUCCUUCUUGGCCAAUCCAGUCCUACCUUCCGUUUUGUUAGACUUGAAAAUGAUAAUUCUGGAGAACUUUUAAGCAGAAAGGGAGAUGAUUGAUGGUCUCUCUCUUAAUAAUGGCUGGAUACCUACAAAGGGCUAUGAUGCCUUCGUAAGCUCCUUUGGGGCAGAGCCCUAACAGAUGUUCCUAUGCUACAUUUUUUUUAACCUCCUUGGUGCCAGAACUAGGACAACCUGUAGGCUUGCUGAGCAAUAACACAGGAUCCAAAAGAGGAGGUUUCUGCCAUGUCCUGACACUCCAUUUUCUUUCUUAGGCAACAUCUAUCUUAAAAGCCAG